UCAUCAUCUAGCGAUCUUUUCCAAGGUUUGGUGCAUAAUUCGAAGCACUUUACUGAAGUAGAAAAGAAGUUCCGGCUGAAGUCGUCAUUAGGAGGAGAAGCUGGAAGAUUAAUUCAGCAUUUACCGGUAACCGAAUACAACUAUGAAGCCGCUUGGCAAAUCCUCCAGGAAAGAUAUGAAAACAAAAGGCUGCAAUUCACAACACAAGUAGACAGACUUCUUGAUCAACCAACAGCAAAUGGGGAAAGUGCGGCAAGCAUGAAGCAGCUUUUGGAUACCACCAAGGAAUGCAUUUAUGCUCUUAAAGGGCUUAAAUUGAAUUUAAAUGACGAGCAAGCAAUUAUAGCUCGGAUAGUUGUUGGGAAACUAGACAAAGAAAGUCUCCGGUUAUAUGAGCAGAAUGUCAAGAAAACUAGGGAUAUCCAAAGCCUAGAUGAUGUUUUCAGUUUUCUGGAGCAGCUAUAUCAAGCUCUAGAAGCUAUACGAGACAGGAAAACAAGUAAAUGGAGCAAUCAAAAGCAGCCACAACGAGCACCCACAUUCUAUACAGCUGCACAAAAGACCUGUAUAUAUUGCAAGAUUCCUGGGUAUCAAAUUGUUGAAUGCAGAAAAUUCCAGGCAUUGACUACGAUGAAUCGUAGAGGUUUCAUAGUAAACAAUAAGCUAUGCAAUAUUUGCCUCGACCACGUAUAUGAAGGCAAUUGCAAGAAUAAGAAAAAAUGCAGUAAGUGUGGAAGAAAUCAUCAUAAUUUACUGCAUUACAAUGAAUUCCAGAAGGAAAAAGCAGCAGGUGAAGAAAAUGCUAUAAAAAAAUCAUCCACUAUGAUGACAAAAAACUCCGAAACUGCAAUACUUCUAGCAACAGCCCAGAUAAGAGUGAAGGCGGCAAAUGGAGAGUACGUGACAUUGCGAGCACUAAUCGAUCAAGGAUCACAGAAGACUACCAUUUCUGAAGAAGCCGCUCAAACACUACACUUACCAAAGAGAAGAGAAGUAACUGAGCUACAAGGGCUGGGAAAUACUACAGUGGGAGUCUCCAAAUUUAAAGUCAACAUUGAAAUCAGGCCGAGAUUCCUAAGCAACGAAGUGUACAAUGUCGAAGCACUGAUUUUGCCGAAAUUGGCGAGUGCACAACCUGAUAAAACAUUUAAAUGGGAUAUAGAACAAUGGAGAAACUAUACCUUAGCUGAUCCCAACUUCAAUAGGUCAGAUCGAAUCGACGUCGUUAUUGGAGGAGAUAUAUAUGCUGACAUAUUAGAAGAAGGCAUAUUUAAGAAAGAUCGAAUACUAGGCCAAGCUACGAAAUUAGGAUGGAUAUUGUCGGGAGUUUUACAACAACCUAGAAAAAAUGGUAGAAUUCUAGCGGCGGUGACCACAACGUUGGAGAAGUUUUGGGAAGUAGAAGACACCACAGCACCAACAUAUAUAGAAGAUGGUGAUGAAUGUAUGAAGAUAUUUGAUAAAACGACAACAAGAGAUGAAAAUAAUAGAUUUGUCGUCAAUCUACCUUUUAAGAAAGAAAAAGAGUUAGGCGACUCUCGCAAACAAGCAAUGGCGAGGUUUCUUAAUCUUGAGAAAAAGUUGGCUUCAGAUGACAACCUAAGAAAACAAUAUGUGCAAUUUAUGAGAGACUAUUUAGAAAUGGGCCACAUGAAAAAAGCAAGUGGAAAUACAUGCGGAAAAUACUAUUUGCCACAUCAAGCCGUAAUUCGAGAAGGCAGUCUCACAACUAAACUACGAGUAGUUUUCGAUGCAUCUGCAAAAACUACAAAUGGAAGUAGUUUAAAUGACAUCCUUUUAAUAGGCCCGAGACUUCAAAAAGAUAUAUUCGACAUAAUUAUCAAAUGGAGACUUUGGCAAUAUGUGUUAACAGGUGAUAUUGAAAAGAUGUAUCGACAAAUUAAAGUAGCAGAAAGUGAUCAAGAUUAUCAACGUAUAUUGUGGAGAGAAGCGAAAGAAGGGCCGAUAGGAGAAUACAAACUGCAAACAGUUACGUAUGGAACAGCAUCCGCUCCUUUUCUUGCAACGAGAACUUUACAAGAAAUUGCCAAAUCCUGCGACCCUUACAAUUAUUUGCUUUCAAACAUCAUUAAAAACGAUUUCUACAUGGACGAUUUAAUGACAGGAGCAGAUUCAAUAAAUGAAU